UCUCAGGGGCUGUGGUCUCAUACCUUCUGGGGCAACAAUGGAGCAUUUCCAGCAGCGACCGAGCACUGUCGCUGCAGAUGCCUGAGCGCCAUCACCUGCAGAGAAGCACACUGUCUGCAGAAAGUGGUGAAAAGAAGAAGCUCUCUGGGCCAAGACUUCUGGAGAGAAGAAACAAUCAAUCUCUUAAUUGGUACCAUAUACAUUAGAUGGAUGGUUUCUAGUCUGCUUCCCAACCCCACCUCGGCUGAGUGUUGGGCGGCCCUUCUACAUGAUCAUAUGACUCUUGAUAUGGACGCAGUCCUGUCAGACUUUGUUCGGUCCACGGGGGCAGAACCUGGUCUGGCCAGAGACCUGCUGGAAGGCAAGAACUGGGACCUGACAGCCGCUUUGAGUGACUAUGAACAGCUCCGACAGGUGCACACAGCCAACCUGCCGCAUGUGUUCAACGAGGGCAGGUGCCCCAAGCAGCCAGAGCGAGAGGCACCCCAGGCGGGGCACAAGGUGGAGCGACCCUGCCUUCAAAGACAGGACGAAAUUGCCCAAGAAAAGCGACUUUCCCGGGGCAUUUCCCAUGCCAGCUCAGCCAUCGUCUCCCUGGCCCGGUCCCACGUUGCAAGUGAGUGCAACAACGAGCAGUUCCCGCUGGAGAUGCCAAUCUACACAUUCCAGCUGCCAGACCUGAGCGUCUACAGUGAAGACUUCAGGAGCUUCAUUGAACGGGACUUGAUAGAGCAGGCGACCAUGGUAGCUUUGGAACAGGCAGGUCGCCUGAACUGGUGGUCCACUGUGUGCACCAGCUGUAAACGGCUUCUUCCUCUGGCCACGACUGGGGAUGGGAACUGUCUUUUACAUGCUGCCUCACUGGGCAUGUGGGGUUUUCACGACCGGGACCUGGUUUUGCGUAAAGCCCUCUACACCAUGAUGCGGACAGGGGCGGAGAGGGAGGCCCUGAAACGGAGGUGGAGGUGGCAGCAGACUCAGCAGAACAAGGAGUCAGGGCUGGUGUACACCGAGGAGGAGUGGGAGCGAGAGUGGACGGAGCUGCUGAAACUGGCCUCCAGCGAGCCACGCACGCACUUCAGCAAGAACGGCGGCACAGGCGGAGGCGUGGACAACUCUGAAGACCCCGUGUACGAGAGUCUGGAAGAAUUCCACGUGUUUGUCCUAGCCCACAUACUGAGAAGACCCAUCGUGGUGGUCGCUGACACGAUGCUGAGGGACUCCGGUGGAGAAGCAUUCGCGCCCAUCCCAUUCGGAGGAAUCUACCUGCCACUGGAGGUGCCUCCCAACAGAUGCCACUGCUCACCCCUGGUUCUUGCCUACGACCAAGCGCACUUCUCUGCCCUGGUGUCCAUGGAGCAGAGAGACCAGCAAAGAGAACAAGCUGUCAUCCCUCUGACGGAUUCCGAGCACAAGCUGCUGCCCCUGCACUUCGCAGUGGACCCUGGGAAGGACUGGGAGUGGGGGAAAGAUGACAACGACAACGCCCGGCUGGCACACCUGAUCUUGUCGCUAGAAGCCAAGCUGAACCUUCUGCACAGCUACAUGAAUGUGACAUGGAUCCGGAUCCCCUCUGAGACCCGGGCCCCUCUGGCGCAGCCUGAGUCCCCAACGGCCUCCGCAGGGGAAGACGUGCAGUCCCUGGCUGAUUCGCUGGACUCGGAUCGCGACUCGGUGUGCAGCAACUCCAACAGCAAUAAUGGCAAGAACGGCAAGGACAAGGAGAAGGAGAAGCAGCGCAAGGACAAGGACAAGACCCGCGCGGACUCGGUGGCCAACAAGCUGGGCAGCUUCAGCAAGACGCUGGGCAUCAAGCUGAAGAAGAACAUGGGCGGCCUGGGAGGCCUGGUGCACGGCAAGAUGGGCCGUGCCAACUCCGCCAACGGCAAGAACGGCGACUUGCCCGAGCGCAGCAAAGACAAGAAGGGCAAGUCGCGCAAGGGCAGCAAGGAGGAGUCGGGCGCGUCGGCCAGUACGUCGCCCUCGGAGAAGACCACGCCGUCGCCCACGGACAAGGUGGCGGGCGCGUCGCCGGCCGAGAAGGGCGGCGGGCCGCGGGGCGACGCCUGGAAGUACAGCACGGACGUGAAGCUGAGCCUCAACAUCCUGCGCGCCGCCAUGCAGGGCGAGCGCAAGUUCAUCUUCGCCGGCCUGCUGCUCACCAGCCACCGGCACCAGUUCCACGAGGAGAUGAUCGGCUACUACCUGACCAGCGCGCAGGAGCGCUUCAGCGCCGAGCAGGAGCAACGGCGCCGGGACGCCGCCGCCGCCGCCAAUGAGAGUCUCGGAGGCCUGAAGGGCCUCCAGCUGACAGGAGAUAAUGGCCACAAAGCACUGAGCCUGGCCCAGGACACCAGCUCCGUCAGUGUCACAGGACCUACAGAAUGA